UCCAAUUUUUUACUACUUCUCUCUCUAUCUAUCUUACUCUGCCUAUAUCUCUCUCUGCUCUGUCGCUUCACUUUCUCAUCGCUUCGUACGAUUCAAUCAGCCAAGAAGAAUGGCAAAAGAGAGAGACCAAAACACUAAAGACAAAAACCUCCUCAUCUCUUUCUUAUGGAACUUCUCAGCUGAGCUCAAACUCGCUUUAAUGGCUUUACUCGUCCUCUGCACUCUCGCCACCCUCCUCCCUUUCAUCCCUUCUUCUUUCUCCAUCUCCGCCUCCGAACUCCGUUUCUGCAUCUCCGCCGUCAACUCCUCCACCUUAGAUAACGUCGUUACAAAACAGCCGUUAACUGAAAAAGACACGGAGUUAACUAACGGCGUUAUUAAACGGACGUUUACUGAUAACGUCGUUACAAAACAGCCGUUAACUGAAAAAGACACGGAGUUAACUAACGGCGUUAUUAAACGGACGUUUACUGGUUACGGCUGGGCGGCUUAUAACUUCGUGUUGAUGAACGCUUACAGAGGCGGCGUUAACACGUUCGCCGUUAUCGGUUUAUCAUCUAAACCGCUUCACGUCUACGCUCGUCCCACUUACCGAUGCGAAUGGGUUCCGUUUAACCAAUCCGAUAACCGGAUUUUAACCGACGGUACUAAAAUCUUAACCGAUUGGGGUUACGGUAGGGUUUACACAACCGUCGUCGUGAACUGUACUUUUCCAGAAACCACCGUGAUAAACCCUAGAAACGCCGGUGGUACUCUUCUCCUCCACGCAACCACCGGAGACACAGAUCGGAACAUCACCGAUUCAAUCCCCGUCCUCGUCGAAGCUCCGAACGCCGUCGAUCUCGCUCUCUACGACUCGAACCGUAAAGCAAAGUACGAUUACCUCUACUGCGGCUCGUCUCUGUACGGGAACUUAAGCCCGCAGCGAAUCAGAGAAUGGGUCGCUUACCAUGUUCGUUUCUUCGGGGAAAGAUCUCAUUUUGUGCUUCACGACGCCGGUGGGAUCUCAGAGGAAGUGUUUGAGGUGUUGAAGCCAUGGAUUGGGUUAGGGAGAGUGACGGUACAUGAUAUAAGAGAGCAAGAACGGUUCGAUGGGUAUUAUCAUAACCAGUUCAUGGUUGUGAAUGAUUGUUUGCAUAGGUAUAGGUUCAUGGCGAAGUGGGUGUUUUUUUUCGAUGUUGAUGAGUUUGUUUAUGUUCCGGCCAAAGAGACGAUCUCGUCGGUGAUGGAAUCUUUGAAAGGAUAUUCUCAGUUUACUAUUGAACAGAUGCCUAUGAGUAGUCAGCUUUGUUACGACGGUGAUGGUCCGGCCAGAACUUACAGGAAAUGGGGGUUUGAGAAAUUGGCGUAUAGAGAUGUGAAGAAAGUACCAAGACGGGAUAGGAAAUACGCGGUUCAGCCGCGUAAUGUAUUUGCGACUGGAGUUCACAUGUCUCAGAAUCUACAAGGGAAGACAUACCACAGAGCGGAAAAGCAAAUCCGGUAUUUUCACUACCAUGGCUCGAUCUCGCAGCGACGUGAGCCUUGCCGUCAUCUUUAUAACGGUACCCGCAUUGUUCAUGAUAACAAUCCUUACGUUCUUGAUACCACAAUGCGCGAUAUUGGCCUUGCGGUCAAGACGUUUGAGAUCAGGACGAUUGGAGAUCGCUUGCUUAGGACAAGGCAAUGAAUACAAAGAGAAGAUAUGUUUUCAUUAUAUGCAUUGUAACGUAAAUCUUGAGAAUAUAUUUAGGCGAAUGUAACAUUUUUUAUGACUUUUCUUUUCUUUUUCUUUUAGUAUAUUCUUUUAUUGUAUUAUAAAAUGGGUUCAUAGAAUCAUAGAGUUCAUCAUUUACAGCUCAGACUCUUGGUAUAUAAGCAUCUCUUUUGAUGGGCUUAAUAUAGUAUUUUUGGUUAUUUGUA